UGCGAGAGUCUGCCGCUUCGCGCGAACGUGCGCGUGAUAGAUCGAGAUCGAGACCGAUCGAUGGGGAAGAGGAAGGCCAAGGCGAAGGCGGCGCCGAAGAAGGAGCCGAAGCUGGAGACGAGCUUCUCCUGCCCCUUCUGCAGCCACGCGGGAAGCGUCAGCUGCAGCAUCGACCUCAAGCUCAUGAUCGCCGAGGCCGCCUGCGACGUCUGCAAGGAGAGCUACUCCACCAGGGCGCACGCGCUCACGGAGCCCGUCGACGUCUACGGCGAGUGGAUCGACGAGUGCGAGAAGGCCAACACGGACGUCGUCCGAUCAGUCCGGAGCGAUUACCGCCGCCGGGACUGUGCUGACGACGAUGACGACGCGUGAAUCGUUUCGUUUUUCUCAAGUUUUGCCUAGUCGUGUGUAAUCGUGUUAUAUAGACCAGCCUUUGCGUGCCUCCAAAGCUCUUUUUGGUCCGUGCCUGAUCUCAGA